AUGACCAAAGUCGCUCCCUCUCCACACAAACAUCGGCACAUGCUUCUGCCCUACAACGCCGGACAUGGUCUCAAGCAGAUCGCACCCGCUCAGGGCGAUGGCACUGAUGCAAACAGCUGCUACAAGACGUCAGCUCACUGUCGACAGAUGGAAGGCCAAUGGAACAACGUCACUUGGAACUCCCGCUAUCCGGUCUUCAUCGCUGAUGGCUUUGUAUCGCUUUACGUCAGUGACGCCCAAUCGCACUGCAAGCAAACAUGGUCUGACUCGGGAUGGCAGCUCUAUCGUGAGUCGGCUCACAACACGGACCAAUGCACCCAAGCCGCCAAUUGGACUCAUCUCCCUAAUACGCCCGGCUCGAUCGCGAUCAAGUACGUCAGCAUACUGCUCACUCCCUCCACGCCUCAUAUCACCGUCAGACCAGAAGUGACCUGGUUCGACGAUGCCCCAGCCGACAAGAAUACGACAGAACCUUUCUACUUUCUCAUACAAGCUGCCGGCAUGCCUCUGAGCGGUAACGAGCAGCCUCAACCUACCUUCAACGCAAUCCACGUUGGUGCUUCGGCCAAUGCCAAUACGUUUACUCCAAAUGGCUCGGGUGAGCUUACGACUGGUCCAUACGGUACAGCGCCCUGGGUACCCCCCGUCGUCGGCGUACUCGCCGGCUUACUUUUACUUGCGACGCUGUUCAUGAUCAUUUCGUGCCUUCGCAAGCGUAAGAAGAUAGCAAAAGCCCACCCGAACCGCUCCUCUGCAACCCAACCUCUGGCGCUCAGGACGCGAGAUACCUCGCCAACCCCUGCAACAGUAGCCUCGCCCGUCUCGAUCGGUCAAGAUUCUGAUUACAAAUCGCCAAUUCAGCCCGAGGGCUCGCAGACGCAGCAGGCCGAUGCUUUGCGCUCGAUACCCCCAAAAAGCGCGUCUAACCUAGCUCACUACCCGUCACUCACAAGAGACGGCGCGAUCUCUGUUGCUGAAGCAGAAGCAGCUGCUACGGCUUUCAGAGAGGCCCUCAGAAAGGCGCCUACGCCAAGUCUUAGUACAUCGUCAUUGCCCGUAGCUUUUGGCAAUAGUGACCGCAGGCAGUCAACGAUUUCUGUGCUCAACUCGCCACAGACACCUCAGACUCCCAUAGCGCCUUGA